AUGUCCCUCAACGGUGCCAGCACGAGCCGAGAGCCUGCUGAUGGUACGGGCCUGAUGGCUAGGACUUCAAGAAGGAACCCGACACUUUCGCACAGAGACUACACCAUUGGAUGGAUCUGCGCCCUGUCGAUAGAGAUGGCCGCAGCAGAAGCCAUGUUGGAUGUCCUACACAAUGCACUGCCCAGGGCCGAAAACGAUACCAAUACCUACACGCUAGGGAGCAUUCUGGCGGAUGACGUCGCCCACAACGUUGUCGUUACGUGUCUCCCAUCCGGGUAUUACGGCAACAACAACGCGGCGGCCGUUACGAGCAAUCUACGCCGCACCUUUCCCUCUGCUCGCCUCUGUUUGAUGGUAGGCAUUGGUGGCGGGGUCCCAGGCACAGCUGACAUCCGACUCGGCGAUGUUGUUGUUAGCGAAGGGGUACUACAAUACGACUUAGGAAAACUUCUUGAUGGUGGCCAUUUUAUGCGAACAGGUAGUCUGAAAAGCCCGCCACAUGAGCUGCUGACGGCCGUUACUAAACUGCGAGCGAAAUAUGAGCUGGGCCUUGACCAAAUUGACAUGAUUCUUUCCGGGAUGCUGAAGCGACACUCGACCAUGACACAGUAUAUCCGUCAUCACUUACUACGAGAUCGGUUAUUCGAAAGUACAUACAGUCACGUUCAAUUAAACGGCCACUGGACAGAUGACUGUGAGCUUUGCGAUGAGUCCAUGUUGGUAACGAGACCGCAUCGAGCGAAUUCUAACCCAAUCAUCCACUACGGGACUAUCGCUUCUGGAAAUCAAGUCAUGAAAAAUGGCAAGACGAGUACUGAAGUAGCACAUGAGCUGGGUGCUCUAUGCUUUGAGAUGGAGGGUGCAAGCGUGAUGGAUGGCUUUUCCGGGCUGGUUAUUCGUGGAAUUUCUGACUACUCCGACUCCCAUAAAAAUAAGAAAUGGCAAAGGGUUGCUGCUGCCACCGCGGCGGCUUACGCGAAGGAGCUCCUUCUAACUCUGCCUUCGGACACCUGCGCCCCGCUGCUAAUGGUUUCGAUUACCGCUGUCGAUGCUGGUGAGAAGAGCUGCAGAAUUCGUUCAUCCUUUCCACCCCACUAA